UUUUCCAUUGAACCAAAAUAUUGAUGUGCCGUCGACGGGCCGGCAAUAUUUUUUUCUUAAACGUUUUCCAAUGGGAAAAGUAUUGAUGUUUUUUCCCGACGAAUUGAUUCGUUUUGAAUUCGUCUUUUGAGAAGAAUCUACACAGAUUUUCACACUCAUUUGAACACAUACUAAAAACUUGACAGUUUUGCAAACGUCAAAUGAAAUUAUUGUUUGUGGAAAAAAUAAUUGAAAAAAACAAUACAAAAUUUGAUUAAUUUCUUGGCAAUAUUAUUGUUGUGCUUUCAGGAUUAGGGCAUGGACUACAGAAUGCUGGAUUUGCUCCUAGAUUCGUCUUCGUCCGAGGACGAAGAUGUCCUGACAAUUUUCAAUUGGACGACUUCGACGAUUGUUCAAGCUAAUGCAUUUUUAUCCAGGAAUGAAAGAAAUUCCAUUAAAAAUUUUGAAAACGUUGUAGAAAGAUAUACGGACGAAGAGUUUCGGCAACAUUUCAGGCUCAGCCGUAAGACAGCUGCUCUGCUAACAGCAAAGUAUGCCACUUCAAGCUUUUUCAAAAAAGGACGCAUUUGGUCAGGACGGAAGUGCGUAAGUGCUGAGGUUCAAUGCUUAUCGUUUUUAUGGUUUGCUGGAAAUAAAUGCUGCUAUAGAGAAGUAGCCAACCUCUUCAAUAUAACACUUUCAAGUGUUUAUAGAUGCCAAACGCAGUUUUUGGAAUUUUUAUUCCACAUAUCACCCACCUAUAUUAAAAUGCCGUCCACAGCAGCCGAGAAGGAAAAAAUAAGCCAUGACUUUGCAAGGCUUGCAGGUUUUGAAAAUACAUUGGGAUGUAUAGAUGGAAGCUACAUUUAUAUACGUAAUCCAGCCCAUAAAAUCAGAUCGACAUAUAUAAACCGUCAUGGCUUACUAUCAAUUACGUUGCAGGGUAUAUGCGACGCAGAUAAGAAGUUUGUGGAUGUUUUUGUUGGAGCAACAAGUAAAAUUCAUGAUGCGAGGAUCUUUCGGAUUUCGAAUAUCUCGAAAAAUCUCUCAAGGGUCUGCGAAGGCAAAUAUCAUAUUCUUGGUGACGCAGCUUAUCCGUUAAGAGAGUAUUUGCUCACUCCCUAUAGAGAUUAUGGUGACCUUACUGACCAACAAAAAAAAUAUAAUAAAAAACAUUGCCAGACGCGAGUUAAGAUUGAAAACACUUUCGGAUUGCUUAAGCAAAGAUUUCGGCAGCUUACUCGUCUCGAUUUCCAUACCGUUUGCAGAAUGGCAAAAUUUGUGCUGGGAUGUUGCGUGUUGCAUAAUUUGUGCAUUGAACAAGAUGAUUUGUGGCUGGAAGCUCUCGAAUCAGAAGCUUCGUCUUCGCGAAAUGAGAUUGCAAGGCCAGACGGAGAGGAAAAUGAAGUCCUAGAAGCUUUUUUACUUGCCGAUGGUGAAAGAAAAAGAAAUGCUAUCGCCGCUGCUAUACGCUGAAAUCAACACGAAAUU